UUUUUUUAAAAGCUACGGCGGCCGGGAGGAGCCGUUUUACAUUCAAUCUCGCGGUUUCUCUUUUGAUGCUCUUGUUCUCGAUUAAACCUGGAUCGGGAUUAGAAGAGGGAAUGUGACCGGGAAGUGGUUUCCAAGGUAACGGACCGCUGUGCUUGGCUGCGCCUCCCCACGCACCCACCCGCGGGCGUGGACGGGGCAAGGAGAGGACUCGGUUGCCGCUUCAGCCCAGAAGAUCCUGUACUCUUUCCCCUGCGCCUAUCGUGGCUCCGCAACAAAAGUCCUCGGCUCCUUCUAGUUGGUGGAGCAUUUUCCACUCACCCGGCCUCUGAAGGACGGUCCUUGGACGGUGGAGGCAGCUUUGGUCCCCGGUUUCUGCCCUGAAAGUGAAACCGUUGAAAAACAACCUGUUUUUUUUCCCCCUGCCAUGGUACCCAUUAAGCCCAACGACGGUAGCCCGGGUCUCUAUCAGGCCAUGGGAAAUAAAGAAGCCUUGCCCUCCGACCCCAAGGGCAACCCGCCCAACUCCUCUCUCAUAAAAGCCCUGGACGCAGUCAUAACAGCCGGUAGACGUGGCUUGCUGGGUCCGGCGGCCGUGGUAUCCCCUGUUCCCGCCUUGAACUUGGAUGGUGGCAAAGGAGUAGUUUCUAGGGAAAACUUGAAACAGAUCCCACUAGUGGCCGGACACGACCAAAGGAAGAAGGUGUUCGGUGAGAAACGUACGGCUGUAAUCACUGUGGUGCCCUCCGCAGAAGGUGUUGGAAAUGUGCAACCUGCACCAAAGGAAGUAUGGAUAUGUGGGAAUUCUGUGAUCUUGGCAUCGAAAAAAAGAGCGCAAAGUCACCCACAUGGAUUGCAGUUGGGCAUCUCAACUUCACGGGCAAAUGUGUAUUGGCAUGGGAUACAGAGCAUGAUGUGGACACAGCUUAUACCUCUUUUGCAUGAAAUUUAUCAUGUCCGAUCUCCUCCCUCAGUAAUAAUAAUUCAUCUUGGUGAAGAUGAUCUGUUUCCCGAAAAUAAUACUUCAGUCAUUAUCUCAAUGAAAAAUGAUUUAGGCAUUCUUAAAAGAGCAUUUCCAGAUACUGUUAUAGUUUGGUCUUCACUGUUACCAAGACGUAUUUGGAAAAACGAUCCAAAGCCUAGAUAUACGGAAACUGCUCAAAUUCUGGUUAACAAGAUAAUGGUAAACUAUUGUAAUAAAAUUGGUGUGCACUUUCUGUCACAUAAUUCAAUUACCUCUGAUAAAUCAGAUCUCUUCUUGCCAGAUGUCAGUGAUCUGACUGAUGAGGGAGUGGAUAUCUUCAUAGCAGAUCUGAAGAAAGUCUUAAGAUUGUAUCAGAUUUUGCAGUAGCUGGGAAAGAGUUUUUGAAAAGCAGUCUGUAUAAUGUUUGGGAAGAUUGGUUUUAUUAUUACAUGAAAAAAAGAAGACAUGAGCUGACUAUAUACAAUAUAGUUUAAAAUUUUCUCUCACAGAUAUGUCACGGAUUAACAGAUGUGUUCCUAAGUUUUGAUCUCCUGUAACAUGAAAAAAAAUAUGUCUGUCUUACAUUAUGAAGACUUCAAAUGGGUGCAUUCAUCUUAAUGAAACUGGGUGUUUUACUCCCUUGGAGGGUUAUGUAAAACAACAUAAGAUGCUGUAAUGAAAAGCAUCACAAACCUGUGAAGUAGACAUACCUGGGUGUGCCUUGUUUUUUAUCCUAGCCUUUAAAGAAGCAGUUUCUAUGAUAUUUAACUAAUAUAUCAGGCUAUAUAUAGAAACAUAUUGAAUAAGUGUUUUUUCUUAUAAUAAUAUCUGAAAGAAAUGGCUGAGGUUGGACAUCAUGAAAGAGUAUUUUGUAAGUAGCCAUUUUUCAAAAUACUGUAUAUUUAACAUGCCUGUUGAACCACAGUUGACAAAUAGCUUAAUCCAAGAGCCUAGUGCCAUUGAAGGCUACUACCUUCAAUGUAAGACAUUUAGGAAUUUGUAAAGUUCUGUCCAAAACCAGCAGCAUUAUCUCAAAGAGGUGACUUGUAUCCAUGAUGCCAAACAAAAGUUGUUUUCUAGUAUGGCACAUAUAGAAAAUUAUUAUGGUAUUUGGCAGCAUAUUGCCCUGUAUAUGUUUUGCUUUUUUCUUCAUUUUAUUUUUGGGUGCUUAUAAGACUAAAUACUUUAACGGUAUGGAUUCUAUUUUCUUAAUAUUAAUGCUUAAUAUUAGGAAUUUUCUGUAUAAACAGUAUUCCUCGGUAAUAGUGGUUAAAAAAAAAACACUAGCUAUAACACCCAUAACAAAAGAAAUUCAAAUGGAUUAGUUGGCCUGUCAGAGAAAAUGCAAAUAGCAACUAAACCUACAAAUUUAGCAAUAGUGAUUUCAUAUAUUUGUUCCUUAAGCUGGGGGGAAAAUAAAAGGAAAAUAGAAAAAUAUUGCUAGUAAAAAUAUAAAGUAAGAGUAAAGAACAAUGGAUACGUUAAAAGGCAUAUCUAUUGCAUAGUUUCUGUCCCCCCCACCCCAUCUUGUCAAUUUCAUCUGAUAGCAUUCAAAGCUGGCUGUUAUUUCCAUAGUUAGUUGAAAAUGACAGGAAAACCAUCCUUUUGUUUGUAGUUUUUAUAAAUAAUCAUCAGGUUAUUUAUGUCCCUUUUUUACUGUUUCAUUAUAAAUCUACAAAUUACUAUUUCAUUGGGAGAUUUUGAAUUAUACUGUACAUUACAUAAUAACCCUAGAAUGUGUGCAUCAAUUUAUUAGCAUUUAUUUAGGCUGAGGAUGAUCCCAUGCAGAUGUCAAACACUGGGGGAAAAUAUUCCAGAAAGAUUAUGAAACUUUAAUAUGCCACCUAUCGGUAUAUAUGAGGGACAACUGGAGUUAACAAUCGGAAGCCAUCACUGUUCUAAAUAAUUCUUUGGCAGUGGUGGCAUUACCCAAAGGAGAUGAAGCAGAUUUACAUUAUAGUAAAUUCACCUGCCUGUGAAUUGGCUGUGACAAAUGUUCCCUAACGCUUGUACAGUUUUAAUACUGUACUAAUAUUACUAUAGGAAUUUAAUUACAAUAAUCUGUGAGGAAUAUAGAUGUGUGUGAGGAAGACUGGAAUGUAAACAGAAGUUCCAGCAACAUCCAAAUACUAUUACAUCUUCGACGUUUCUGUAAAAUGCGUACACCCAUUUUGACUUUCCAACUUAGUUUGUAAUUAAGAUAUGCAAAACUUCUGUCAUGGAACAUUUAGAUUUCAAAAUGAUUGAUUCUGAUUUUGGAACAAGUUAUUUUGAGCAUUCCAGAAGUACAAUAGUUUAUUUCUGAACAAGUUGUAAUAGCCCUUGAUCAUUUUUGAUUCUGAAUACAACAUGGAUAACUCCCAUCAGGCUACUACUAGAGCACAUUCAAGGUUCAGAAAGCUUGUUUCAAAUUCAAACUGCUUCCAGAAAACUGAAUUCCACCUACUUACCUUGGGGACAGAUCAGUGCAGUUAGUUAUUGAUCGCUAAUACCUCCAAGCUGCAUCUUAAUUUGUUAGUAGGUCUAUCUCUUUGAAUUAGCUAGGUGUCCAUUAGUAACAUCAUUAUACAAAUCAUAAUAUAAUUUAUUACAACUUUCAAGGGAGUUAUUGCUAAUAAGUGGCAUGGCACCAUGCUAUAUGAUUCAGAAUAAAACAUAAGCAGUUUAGAGGACUGGAAAAAGGCAGAGAAUUUUGGUGUAUCUAGCUGAAAUGAAUCUUGAAUAAAGUUUAAAUUGCAAUAUCCC